GAAAACGAACAUGAAGAAAGUUGCAACAACGGAUGCGAGAAAAAUAAUAUCCAUGGCAUUCUUUAAUUCUGUCUAAAGGAGAAGCCUCGCUAGUGAUUAUUUGGAGAUGUUUGUAAACAGUGAUUUCUUCCGUUAGGGAAGUUGCAAACGGUGUAUGUGAGGGUGCUUCGUGUCAUGAGGAAAAAUUAUAAGGGAGGUUAAUGGUGAAUCGAAAACUAGAGGGGAGGUGUGUGACAUUUAAUCAAAUCAGAGAAGAUAAACGUAAUUUUCUCAAAAUUCAACCAAUAGAAACAACGCAUAGAAAAGUCUAAAAGUAUAUUUAAGAUUUUUUAAAUAUAAAAAAAAGUCGUUUUGAUUAUUAAAUAUUUUGUGUUGGAGUAGAAAAAAUCAAAAUCCCUUUGUUCAUAAAAUAGAACCCUUGCGCGAGUAGAGAGUAGUGCAGUGUUCGUGUGAAUCAGCAUGGGUUUGACGAAUUUCGUGCUGACGGUAGCCGGUGUAAGCGCCGUUGUUCUUCUUCUAAGGAGUGACGUGAAGCAAUCUGCGUCCAUAUUCAAGCGCAACGUCAAACAAAUUCGCCACUGGCUAGAAGAAGAAACCGCCACUUCUUCAAAGGCAAUGGAGUCUACAAAGGAACUGGAAUCGAAGGUUCCUCCAAAAGACAUUUCUAAGGAGGACAAGCACUAAUGUUUAUGCAGCUGAUGGACAUGGACGGAUCUAGGUAGGGGCACUUUCAGUGUAAAAGAAUUUAUAUGGAUGACUAACAAGUGAUCAAGUAAAUGAUGACAUUAUAUAGAUAAGAGUGUGAAAGUGGUUAGUUUAGUAGUCUAAGUAAUCGACUAUCAUACUUUUUAGUCUGAGAAAUCAAUUUUGAAAAUUAAAAGCUAAGAAUAUACUUUUUACGUGAAAAUUAAAAGCUAAUCAAUUUUGUAUUAGUUUUUUUUAUCUCAAUUCAAGAUCAGGUUUUAAUUUGAGAAUAGUUUUUCUUUAUUUUUUUCA